AUGUCUACUUCAGUGGGUCAGCCGGCUGCAUCGUCUAAUAAUAAUGGCCAGGGCGAUCAGCCUUCACUACUUUUGAGCGUUCACCCAGGUGAAGAAAAGGCCCCUGAAUAUCCGGAAAGGGUUGCUAUGGAUGAGGAUGAACCCAGUGAGAGAAAGCGACUUUCUGGAGAAGAAGUUCCGGGUGGAAUGGAAGGCGAGGAUGAUGGCAGCGUCUACUCAACAAUCAAAUCAGGUCUCAGGAAGAUUUGGAGAAAUCUUGGCGGUUAUGAAACACUAGCACAUACUGAAUCUUAUGCUAAGGAAAGAGCAGCAGGUGCUCGCACUAACGUCAAGGCUCCUACUAUUGUUGGUCGAGUGCGUGAAGAGGUGGAAGCUGUUGCUGACGCUGUUCAAGGGGGAGUAAAGAGCUGA